AUGGCGCACAACGCGACCGGCGCAAAGAAACUGACCGGAAGGGAGUUUUAUCGGAGCCUAGGCAGCCCCAAAACGAUUAUCGCACCGAUGGUGGAUCGGUCGGAUGGCUCGUCGAAUCCGCUCCUUGCCUAUUCGCCCAUGUUCCAUGCCCGUCUGUUUAAAGAUCGCGCCGCGUAUCGAAGCCAGCAUUUCGAAGCGGUUCGUCCCAGCCCGGUCGCGGGCGAAACGGCGGAGCCCGUGCCAUUUCUCGACGGCAAUCCCGCCAUCGACAGGCCGCUUAUCGUUCAGUUCUGCGCCAAUGAUCCCGACGAACUCCUUGCUGCUGCCAGGCUCGUGCAGCCGUACUGCGACGCGGUGGAUUUGAACUUGGGAUGUCCGCAGGGGAUCGCGAAAAAGGGCCAUUACGGGGCGUUUUUACAGGAGGACCCGGAACUGAUCUAUAAACUCAUACAUACGUUGCAUACAGGGCUUUCGAUCCCCGUGACGGCCAAGUUUCGCAUCCUAGAGACCAGGGAGAAGACGCUGGAUUAUGCGAAGAUGAUCUUGUCCGCGGGCGCGAGUUUCAUUUCGGUGCAUGGACGGCGAAGAGAACAAAAGGGACAUAAUACCGGUGUCGCUGACUGGUCUUAUAUCCGCUACCUGAGAGACAAUUUACCGCCUGAGACCGUGAUUUUCGCAAAUGGGAAUAUUUUGAACCACGACGACAUUCAAAAAUGCUUGGAAGCUACCGGUGCAGAUGCUGUGAUGAGUGCAGAGGGAAACUUGUCAGAUCCAACCAUUUUCAGCCCGCCGCCCCCGGUUGGCAAGGAAGGUUGUGAGUAUUGGCGCGGAAGAGAUGGAACGGGUGGAUACAGACUAGACUUUAUUUUGAGGAGGUAUAUGGACAUCAUCUACAAGUAUGUCCUGGAGACUGCUCCCCCUGAGCGUGAACCGCUCUACGAUCCAUCCAAGCCUGCUUCGGAGGAGGAAGCUCCCAAGGACUCAGAAACAUCUGCGCCUACGCCUGAGGACGAAGGGCCUCCAAAGAAAAAGCAAAAAAAGGGCAGGGAGCAAAAGGUGGUGACGCCCAACCUUACAGCGAUGCAGGGCCACAUGUUCCAGCUCCUUCGUCCCCUCGUCUCAAAGCAAACUCAUGUCCGUGAUGCUCUGGCGAAGUCUAGAGCGGGAGACAUCGCGGCCUUUGAAAAUGUCGUAAGCCUUGUCGAUCAGGCGGUCAAGCAGGGCAUCCAAGAGUACAAUGCAAAUCCAGGAUUAUAUGAUGGGAAUCCAGAAGACGGGCGGGAGCUGACUGGCUCUCAAGCUACUAUUGCACAGUAUAAACGGCCGUGGUGGGUGUGCCAACCCUACAUUCGGCCUCUUCCCGAAGAGGCAAUGCAAAAAGGCGCCUUGCAGUUGAAAAAGAAAGAUCGCUUGGAAGCGGACUCUUCAAACAAUGGGCAGACUAGGUCCAACGGUGCCACACCUGGAUCGAGUAUUCCCUGUGGAAAUGGCGUUGAAGUGGAAAAGGAGAUCGCUACGCCGAAAGAUCAACUGGUUAGUGGAUGA